UUUCUGUCUUAUAAAGUCUCAUUACUUGAUUUGUUUUCUUUUCCCCUCUUUUCGUGAGGCCCCAUGAAGCUGGAAAUUCCCCCAAACCCAGACUAAUCACACACCUGGAGUUAAACUCUCCUGGGAAUUUCACACUUUCAGCACUUUCCCAUGCGCAAAGAAAAAAUAAAUCCGAUACAAUGUUUAGCCUGACGUCACGUCUCGUUUCUAACCGUCGCCUGAUUGACUGAUUGACAGGUGGCUUAAAAAAUCGUAUCCAGCAUUAACUUUACUGUUUCACGCUCAUUUAUCACUCAUUUAAAUGGAAACCGUCUCGAGCCAGAGAGUCUCGCGGAGCCCCAAGUGCGCGCGCUGCCGCAAUCACGGCUUCGUGGUGGUGCUGAAGGGUCACGCGGGCCGGUGCCGGUUCUCGCAGUGCAGCUGCUGGAAGUGCGCGCUCAUCUCCGAGCGCACGCGGAUCAUGGCGAAGCAGCGGGGGAUCAGGAAGAGUCAGCGCGCGGAGGAGCACGAGACAGGCGCCGGGGAAACCGGAAACGGGAUCGGCGCCGCUUUAGAGGUGAACGGUGACCCGGUAUCCGGCGCCACAGAGCGCGUCACUAAGAGCCCGGCGCGUGGAACGGACACGGAGGACAAAACAUACACCGAGCUCGAGGUACCGGGACCGGCGGCGAGCGGCGCGUGGGCUCCGACUACCGAGCGCGAGAUCGCGCAAAAGUCCUCUGAUCAGUGCAAAGGAAUUCAAGAUAACGCCAUUUUAAGAGAGCAGCCCCAUUUGCCGUGGGAGUACUUCGUAACUGAAAUACCCCAGAACACUGUUUACUCGGGUGAUCUGGCCAUGGCGAUGCCCUUCCACCUGCACAGCCACUACGCCAAUGCCUACGCACGUCCCGCCUUCCUGGUCAGCUUCGGAGCACCUCCACUCGGAUCUGUCGGAUUUCCUCACAUUCCCCAGGCUGCACUGAUGGAGUCCAGACAGGAAGGUCCUGGUUUCUUCUACACGCCGUAUCUCCUUCAUCCAAAACCUGAACACUACCAACAAUAUGUCAGCGAGGGAGCUGACAUAUCUCCUCUGCAACACGGACACGACUCAGGAGUAAUUGAAGGCAGCCAGCGACGAGCAUCCAGACCUGCAGAGGCCGCUUUUCCAUGAAUGAAGAAAAAAAAAUAAAAAUUAUAGAGGACUCUCUUUACCCUGCUUUCACUCUCGAAAGUGGUGAAUCAAUAUUCAUUUCAUGACUUUCUUUAUUUUAUGCAAAUUAGUUAUGAUGGGAAUCCAAAUGAUUGGCUCAGGUUAAUUUCUCUACCCAAUCACGUCGCCUGAAUUCUCUCACGAGUUCAUUCAAUUCGCAUUUAACUGUGUUUGUUGCUCAGAAAUGGAGAAAAACAAAUGAUGUCCUUCUCCUGCUGCUUAUAAAACAGACAGGCCACGCCCCCAAGAAAUAACAUCAGAGCGACGUGUGAUGUGUUAGUGAGAUCACAGGGUUGGAGAACACAAAGUGCAAAGUUUUAUAUCAUUCUAUCUUCAUAUCAUCUGUAACUGGUUUGGAAAAUGAUUUAUAAUAAACACUCUAGCGAUGUGGUAAUUAGAAGCAAGGAUUGGUGUAUGGUUGCAUAUAUAAAAUUAUACAGUUUUUAUACCUACACCAUUCUUAAAAUGUUCUGUUCAUUGUUCCUCAUUUUUGUCAUUUCUAUCUUUAAUAUUUUGAGCCUAAAUUUUAGUUAUCUGGUAAACAUCUGCUGAUAAUCAUUAAAAAGGAUUUACAUUAAAUGUUUUCACUAUAAUGUUAAAAGACUGUGAGUUUACAAAGUUGUUCUAAUAAAUUUUCCAUUGUGCUUUGUUUCUAUUUUAAACACAUUUCAUGUUAAAGUGAUGUUACAAACAAAGCAAACAAGAAAACAGAUUAAACAUCAGAAUAAAAGAACAAAUUUUUAU